CUUUGUUUUGAGUUGAUGACUUGGAGUGACAAACCUCCGGCGUGGUUGCAUCUCUCAGCGUGCAACAUCCAUACAACACAUGGCACCUUGAACGCGCUCUGCAAGGUUGAAUUGGACUUUGCCACGUUGAUACAGAAGUGUUACCUCCUCUAUCUUACACAGAAUGUACUUAUUUCCCUAACUCUCUAUAAUAGCACAGCAAGAAUUGCAAAUGCAAAUUUUCAAAUUUGCAGCCUUCUGUAUGGUCCUGCAAACUGCCCAUAUCCUUAUUAUCUGCCUCAUAUUUUUGAAUCGCGCUUUGCAUGAGCGUUAGUUUUCCUAAUCCAGUGCAUUUUUGCCUACAACUGUAGCUUUUAAAUACAAUAUUUUGUUCAAAGUGUGUUCACUGUGAUUAUGUUUAUUUUAUCCCUGUUUACAGCAGUGCAAGUGUUGGCAGAGUAUCCUAGGAAUUAGACCAGCAUCCAAAACCCCUGUUGUGACUGCAUGCGAAAGCAAGUAAAUCCUCAUUGUCAAGAGGGGGACAAAGCCAGAAACUACCGUGAUUCCAAAAAAAUAUUAGUAUUAUUUCCAUGUCCUUUUCAGUAAAGGCCAGAACCACAUUUUUUUCAGUUCGUAUAGGAAACAAGGCACAUGGCAGAUUAACAAGAAGGCUUUAGUCCCUGUAUGAGAGCCUGAUCGUUCAAAGGGUGCAGGCAAAACAGCUUAUUAACGACAAAAGUAAGAAAGAAAAACAAAACCAAGCCUACACGUUGCACUUUUUCACUGGCUGCCGCUGCAGCCCUCCCGCAUCAGUACCGCUUACGGUAUCAGUGAUGCUCGCGCUUUAUACCCCUGAAUCAUACGCCAAGCUGCCCUUUUCUCAGAGCCAUCGCGGCGUACGAGAGCUGCAUUUGGGGGGGACAGGCACGGCGUGCUGUUCCUGCAGCGGGAUGCACGCCUUGGGUGGGUGUGCGGGGCAGGGCUGAGCUGCUGCCCGGCUCCUGCUGCCUUUGCUGGGUAGAGCGGAAAGCAGCGGAGCGUGAAAGUUCAGCUUUCAGCGUCAUAAAGUGCAUCUCAUAUGGGCUUGAAAGUCCAAUCGGCUGUUCAGGUAAUGUGGUUAUCAGCAAAAGCAUCAGGCUUCCUAUCUGUUGGCAUCAGGCAUGGAGGCAGGACCAAGGGGGCAUCUAGCUAAUGGUCCCCAUUUCCAAAAUGACUUUGCUGCUGUCCCUGGCCUCAGCAGGGAAAGUCUCGCCCUUGGACAAGCGGAGUCGGUGCUUUGGUGGUGUUCAGAGAAUGACUGCAUGCGUGGCCGGUGCUUUUUGUACACCGGUGUGUCUGCAUCGGUGCUUUUCAGGAGGAGCAAGUGCAUGCAGGAUGCUGCUGCUUCAUGAAAACACUUCCGUAUUUCCAUUUCGGCCUCUGUAUUUUGGCUGUACGCUGGCCCGGAGGUGGACAUCUGGAGCUGCGGCGUUAUCCUCUACGCCCUUCUCUGCGGCACUCUGCCUUUCGACGACGAGCACGUCCCCACCCUCUUCAAGAAAAUCCGGGGAGGUGUGUUUUACAUCCCUGAAUACCUCAACCGCUCCGUUGCCACUCUCCUCAUGCACAUGCUGCAGGUUGACCCUCUCAAGCGAGCAACCAUCAAGGACAUCAGGGAACACGAGUGGUUUAAAGAGGAGCUGCCCAGUUACCUGUUCCCAGAGGACCCUUCCUACGACGCCACUGUCAUCGACGACGACGCGGUUCGGGAAGUUUGUGAGAAGUUUGAAUGCACGGAGUCGGAGGUGAUGAACAGCCUGUACAGCGGUGACCCUCAGGACCAGCUGGCAGUGGCUUACCACCUCGUCAUCGACAACCGGCGGAUCAUGAACCAAGCCAGCGAGUUCUACCUCGCCUCCAGCCCCCCGACCGGCUCCUUCAUGGACGACAGCGCCAUGCACAUCCCUCCCGGGGUGAAGCCGCACCCCGAGCGGAUGCCGCCGUUGAUAGCGGACAGCCCCAAAGCGCGCUGUCCUUUGGAUGCCCUCAACACCACGAAGCCAAAACCCUUGACUGUCAAAAAGGCCAAGUGGCACCUGGGAAUCCGCAGCCAGAGCAAACCCUAUGACAUCAUGGCCGAGGUGUACCGCGCUAUGAAGCAGCUGGACUUCGAGUGGAAGGUGGUGAACUCCUACCACCUCAGAGUGCGCCGCAAGAACCCGGUGACAGGCAAUUACGUGAAGAUGAGCCUGCAGCUCUACCAGGUUGACAACCGCAGCUAUCUCUUGGACUUCAAAAGCAUCGAUGAUGAUGUGAUGGAGCAAAGGUCCGGCUCGUCCACGCCGCAGCGCUCCUGCUCCGCCGCCGGAUUGCACCGGCCGAGGCUGAGCAUCGAUGCCGCCGCGGCCGCCGAGUGCCAGUCGCUGAUGGGCUCUCUGAGCGGCUCCUUCGUCGGCAGCAUCCCCUCGGUGACGCCGCGCCUGGGGAGCCACACCAUGGACUUCUUCGAGAUGUGUGCCAGCCUGAUCAUGGCCCUCGCUCGCUGACGGGCAGCACCGAGGCACCGGUCCCUCCGCACACGGUAUUGCACUGUGAGGAUCUGGUCCGACUUGUCCGUUCCUUGUUUCUUCUGCUUCGUUCCUCCUUCUCCGCCGCCGCCCCUCACCGCUCCCUCGCCUGCGACACAGAGUCAGUUCCAGACCCCAAACAUACUCCCCUCUCACAAGGCACUGAGGAAAUUAGGAAUAACUUUAUUUCACUCGUUAUACCGUGGUGAAAUGCAUCCAAUAUCCUUUUUUUCCCUAGUGAACCAAAUGGGAAAUGUUGACAUGGCUGUAAAGUAGCAGAUGUAUCACUGAGUUUUUGGAAAACACCUUCCCCCUGGUUCGUCCCGAGUUAACGGAGCCAUGGCCAAGCUUUCUGCGAUGUAGGUAGCGUGCAGUGAGGUUGAUGUUGUAUCCCCUUUGCUGUGCAGAGCGGGGGCGGGAUGGGCUGAGCCAGGUCAGAGGGGUUGACCAGGAGCUACGCGAGACGGAGUGCAGGGGUAAUGAAGUAGCUCUGCGGCGUUUGCACCCGGGUGCCGGCGAGGCUGCUGGCCUCUGGUAACACUUUCCUCCUAAAAUCAGCAGCUGCUGAGACACUUCUGCACUAGUGCAAUAUGCCAUCCCUCCCCUCUGGAUUUUUUCCCCUGCUAAAGAUGGGGAGGGAAGGUGGGAUGUGCAAUGCUCCUGUCACAAACGUGCCGUGGGAAAGCCUCCACGUGUCAAGUCUUUGCAGAGGAGUGUCCCAUAAGUUGCUUUAUUUCCUUCUCCCGAGAGCCCCGGACAGCACUGACCCGCUCACCACGUUCAAAGGUGAAGGCUGCUUGCCUUUUUCCCAGCCCUUAACCUUCAUCCCCCUCCAAUCCGCUCACCCUCCCCUGCCUCACCGCCAGCUCCAGGGGCCGAGUCCCGAGCAGGAUUUGGAUGAGCCGCCGACGGAGGGCAGGAUGCCGAUGAGCCACCUGAAAACCCAACGCUUCGCCUACCAAGGGCGAGGAUCAUCAGCCAGCAAGAGCCGGCAGCGUCGCACGGCUCCGAAGCAUUCGCCUCUCACCUUUCCCGUAGGAAGCCUUCGCCCGUGGUCACCACCCUAAAACCGCUGCCAAAUCCGCCUUUCCUGCCUUCCCCGCUCGCAGCCUCGUGCCGCCGGAGACUCGCUUUUCAUGCCGAAGGGCUGUCCCGUCCCGCUGCUGCUCACCGGACUGCCACCUUCACCGCUCCGCUGAUAAGGCAGGGAUAUCCGAGUUUUACUGUUUCUUUACUACUGGCUAUCUGAAGGACAGGAUUUUAUUUUUUAAGACAAACUACAGGGAUUUUUAAGGUUAAAUUCUUGUUAUUCAAGGGUAAACUCUAAUGCAUGUGCGACUUAUUUGUUUAAAAGAAUUAUUAUUUUUGAUUACAUAGGCUUAAUCAAAUGGGCAGCAUUGGCAUCCGCUUGGUUUUGCUACGGUAUUUAAUUCCAUUUACUUGAUUGUGAAGGAACAUAAUAGUCUAAUCAGUCAAGGAACAAAUGCUUUAUGAAAACUUUGCCAAAAAAAUCCUGGGCGGGUUUUUUUUUUUUUUGCUUGAUUUUUUUGUGUUUUGUUUUAAGAAACAAAAGGAGAAUUUGAGCAAUGUUGCUGGUCCCAGGUACGCGGUCAUUCGACUUUAAAACAAAUUUAAUCCAUCUUUUUGAUAGCUUCUUGUGACCCGUCAAGGUUUUUUGCUAGGUUUUUUUGUACGGUUGCACUUUAAUUUAUACUUCCUGCAAGUUUCUACGAGAAGCAAAGGAGAGAAUGACACAUUAAGCCUUUUGUACUGAUCAUUUUAGGUAAUGAAGACAAAUACGGGGUAUUCUUGCCAUCUACUGGCAGUUAAGUGGACAUUUUCAGCUUGAAGUCCCUUUUUUUUAAAAACACAAAAUUGCCUUACUUUUGUUACAGAUUACGCUUGGAUUCUCACUAACGUGACUUUACAGCUCCAACUUUUCCAGAAGCCGCACAAAGUAGAAAGCUUCCAAAAAAAAAUCAGUUUUGCUGUUAAGUCCUCAUACGCUAAAUCCAACGCAGCAGCGGUUGGAUUAUAAACCCGACAGCAGAACAAUUUUGUUUUUUAAAGAAACACUGGAAAUAUUUGUAGUACUCCUAGGUUUUGUAAUGAGCUUUUUAUUAUAUUCUCAUUAUUAAAUAAAUACUCCGGGGUGGAGGACGGCUUUGGUACUGUGCCCGGUGGCUAUCGGCUGAUGCGUGUCUCCAGUGCCGCCGUGUGAGCGGGUCGUACCUGGCGAGGAUGGAGAAUCCAAGCUCCUGCGUGCAAAAAACCCCACCCCAGAGCCAAAGCUGAGCGGCACCCAGCUCUUUAGCAGCUUUCGGAUCAGCGCUGAGACCCGAGCGAACGCUGAGCAAACGGCCCUAAAUGCUUCUGGGUGCUGGAGAUAAGCCCCUUUGGAAAGGAGCAGGAGAGGACCGUAGGGAUAGACAUCGAUUUCCAUCCAGGAGACAGUUAGGAGCGUCCACACCGCCGCCAUGAGAUGCAUUGGAAAUGUAAAAAGCUGUUUAAAUCCUCACUCACGACGGAGCGUCUUGCCAAGGCGCUUCUCCUGGAAACACCUGUAGCCCGGUCGAUAAGGGGCUGGUGCGUCAGCUGCGACCCGCGGUUCAGAAGCAUGUAGGUGUGCAGAUGUCUUGCCUUAAAAUGACGCUCGUCCUCUGGGAUUUCCUUACCCAGCAGAACUAACGGUAUUAAGCAGCAGCAAAUGCCCUUGGGAGGAAAUGUUGGCUUCCUGGAGGCGGGUGGGAUUUCGAGGUGAUAAAAUAAGCCCUCCUGGCACUUGGCAUCUUCUCAGACCCACGCGAACACUAAAUCAUAUAUGGAUCUGCAAAACCAGUCCUGCCGGGGAGGCAGUGAGAGCAUCGCUUUUCCGUGUGGAGAGAACCAAAGAGAGGAAGCAGCUUUCCUGCUCGAUGUCAGCAGAGGCAGCGGAGCCAGUAGGGCUGAUGGAAGUACCUCCUCGACGAACGCAUCGGAUUAAACUGUCCGUUACAGCCUCACCCAAAUCCACGCUGCAUUUUGAAAUAUUCUGAGAAGUUUCACCACUUCUUUUUAUUUAUUUUACGUUCAAAUAGCCUGUUUUCUGGUUCCCAGCUGCAAAGCAGCUGCUGACCUCCGGUUACAUUUUCCAGAGGAAAAGUUUUGACUUCCACGCUGUUACACUGCGGUCAGUUUUUUUUGAGUUAUGCCGGUACAUGCACGAGCAUCAGGAAAAGCAGGGUAGACGUAUUUGAACUACAGAAACUUGAAGUACUCCAAGUGCAAUUCUUCAAAAGCCACUGGACAGCUGUGCUUUGCAAGCCACAAACUCACCCAAAUUUUGCUUCAGCCCGAGGCAGGAGAGAGACAAAAUGCACAGGAUUGAGCUCAGUUAGGCUCCAGCGUUAACCUCCAGCUCCUGGACGAGUUAAUUCAGAAAUAGUUGGAAAAUAUAUAUCUGUAUGUAUUAUAUAUGCACACAUAUAUAUAUAUAAAAAAAAUGUAGGUAGCAUCCCUGUCAUUGGCCUCUCAGGUUCGUUUGCCCAGCGGGGUAGGUCUGUGCCCUGGACGCCUGCCAUCGCACACACUAAUCCCGGCGUGCGAGAGGACCCGGAGAAAGGGGGUGAUAUUUUUACACCCUCUCCUAGGUAAAGCCCUUGAGUAGCUUAGCUGGCCCCGUCGGACCCAGCGCAGCCUCGUCCGGGGAAGGGAGGGAGGUGGCGUCGGGAGCAUCCUGCCCUCCCACCCGCCCCGGCCGAAGCCUGGGUGUCGAUGGGAUUUGGGGCAGUUUUAUUUUCAGGAGUCGGAGCUGAGCAGGUGAAGGCAGCGGGAUUUUUUUCUCUUUAACAGGUCAGAAAUGCAUCUUCGGCGUGUGUGUCCAAUUUAGCAUUUCGUAAGGUGUGUACAAGCACAGGGGUAUGUAUGGGCAGUGUUGUAAAAAUUGAAGCAACUGGUCAGUAUCUGUUACAUAUACAUUUUUUUGUGUGAUUAUAAUGCCAUUUGUAUUGGAAUAGAUGAAGUUUGAACAAAAUAACCUUUCUGUCUACUCCUUUUCAUUUUACUGCUCUUAAUCGUCAGUCACCUUGUGUGCACCCGUAUAGAAGGGAGAGACCUAUACGCAGGACAGGAAAUCGUGCCUUCGACAUACAUUAGGACUGCUGGAAGUCGCAGCUUUAUUUCAGGAGGUGCACAAAUCCCCCAGCUUAUGGAGAACCCCACCGGUGAGACAUGCAGGCCGUGUUUCUAAAUACUUGAAGUACCAUUUGUUGUGCAAUUAUUUGGCUUCACCCUUUUAUUAGCUGAGAGGCGAGGGGGAAGAAGAACCACGCGUCCAUCCCGUGGGAUGAGCCAAACAAAUCCCUGCUCCAGCUCCUGCAGUAUUUUACUGGAAAGUUUUAGGACCCGUUUUUUGUUCCAGGUUUAUGACAUACCUACUAGAGUCGCCUUUCUUAAGGUCUGUCUUUGGUUUGGGCUUUGCAUUCAGGGCUUUCCUUUGGCUUCCUUAGCCCUGCCCUUAUCUAUUCCUUUUCAUCAUACACCUAUUAAAAGAGCAACAGCUUCCUGUAAUUCUGAAUUUCCCGUCUGCCUCUUGGACAUGGCGUUAACGAUUCAUUCAGAGGUACCUCACUUCCAUGCCUGAGAUACGAACUGGUUUUUAGAAUUCCCGCAUUAUACCUGUUGACCAAACGCUGGUUUUUGCUGAGAGCAAACCUGGCGUUACGUGUAUUCGAUGCACGUUUUGGUCGUCAAAAUUAGGAGAACUGGACGGUAAAUGGGAGCUCUAGCUGCAAAGCUCGAGUACGCUUUUGGUGUUGCAAAAAGUCUGUGUUCAACAAAAGCCUUGAAAUUCCUGCUGAAGCUGCCUUAAUUUAAAAAUCAAAGUUCAUUUGUAAGACUCAUCUCUGGGUUUUUUUUUUUCAAGUUUUGAAAUAGUUUAUUUAUCCUCAUCUCACAAAGCUGUGAAGUAGAUACUGUAGACAUGGUAAUAUUUAUUCUUGUUGCUGAAAGCAUGUUCAUGUGUUCUGUAUCAUGUUAUAUUCACAUGUGUUGUACCUCAAUGCGUUGGUUGGUUGGUUGGUUUUGUUUUUUUUUUCUUUUAGAGCACAAAGCAAAACUGAAUCCCAGGAUAACUGUAGUGUCCAUGGCCCAGCAAGGCUCUGGGCAGAGAAACCUCAGCUCUAUGAGAGACACGAACCAAACGAGUCCUUUGUAAUUUUUUGUUCUUACUAUGAAGAGUAUUUAUGAUUUUUCUUUUGUUAAAAUACUGAACUUUAAGAAACUCUGAGUAUAAGCAUCCCUUCAAACGUAUCAUUAACAUGAAGCUCAGAAAAGAAUUCUGAGCUCUCUAAGUACUCCAUCCUUCUUGGCGCUUCGUAGUUUGUCAGCUGAUGGACUGGAGAAGGUUUUGCUUCCAAAUUACUUGCUUUAGUACUUUCUGGGUCUAGCUGUUGUGGAAGGGCACGGAGCCUAGGUUCAGUUUUGUCCUUUGUGCAAGUAACUGUGCGUUAGAUAAUCACAACGAAGCCUUUUUCCUUCCAUUUAUGGUGUGGAAAGUGUUUCUCGAUGUACUGCACUGCAUGUGAUAGCCAUCUCCAUGGUUGACAUUUGCACUUUAAUAAACUCAGAGAUGA